AUGAAACUGUCAGUGGUACUCCUAGUCCUUCCAGUGACGAUCGGCGGGGGGGUAACUUUGGACAAGGUUAACCCAUGUCCAGCAUGGGGAAAAAAAAAUUAUGAAAUUAAAAAAUCAUUCUUCGUAAAAAAUGGGUGUACGUUAUGCAAGAAGAGGAAGCACCUCCGACAUUACUCCAACGCAGAAGGGAAUAGCUACACGAAUAUGUAUAAAAUUAAAAACCCACUAAAAUGUAAAUUAGUGGACAAGGUAAAUUUGGUAAGACAGAAUGCCCUGCAUGAAGUGUACCAUUUGGAAAUAGACCAUGGGGGUAUGUUCAAAUAUUUAGAGGGGCAGUCAUGUGGGGUGAUUCCUUAUUAUGAGGAGGUAGCCCGAGGGGAAGAUAAAAAUAACCCCCAGGAUGGAGGGAAAAAAGGGCAGAGAUUAUGUGCAAGGCUUUAUUCUAUAUCUUCAAGCAACUCGGACAAUCUCACCUUUGCUAUUAGAAUUCAUACUUAUGAGGAAGAAAAAAAUGGACAGCCACAUCUGAAUUAUGGUUACUGUUCAGGUUAUAUAAAAGGGUUAAGGAAAAACGAUAAUAUAUAUUUAACAGGAGCACAUGGAUCCUUUGUUCUUCCAAAUAAUGUGUUUGAAGAAAAUACAAAUUUAAUUUUAAUUGCAACGGGAACGGGUAUCUCUCCUUACAUAUCUUUUUUAAAAAAAAUCUUCGGUGACAAACAAGGUGAUACUUGGCCAGAAAAAAAAACAACCUAUAACGGGCAAAUAUAUCUGUACUACGGAGUAUACAAUGAAGACUCCAUUUUAUACAUGCAGGAGUUAGAAGAUUUUGUGAAGAGGUACCCGAAUAACUUCCACGUCGAGUAUGUCUUUUCGUGUAAUAAAAAUAUGGAUGGCACUUCCCACCAUGUGCAGGACGAAAUAUAUAAAAAGCGAGAAAACUUUUUGCGCCUUUUUAAUGACCUGAAAUGUGAGCUGUACAUUUGUGGCCAUAAGUCCAUACGGGCAACAAUGUUGGACAUUCUCAAGGGAGAAAACCAGGUAUGGGACGCCGAGAAAAGGAAGCGCGUUCACGUGGAGGUUUACUAG